AUGAAUAAAGGAGUGAAACACAUCAAUAAAAAAAAGGAUUACUUACUUACUGACCUCAAUUUGAUUGGAGCCUCUGAGAGAGAGGAGAGUGUACUUGUUGGGGUCGACGAGUUUAGCUUCAGGAUGCUUACUAGCGAAUCUACGAACGGACCAAUCGCGAAAAUUCGCAGGAAUUGGCCAUGGCUGGAGAAUGUGAGCUCUGGUUUGCUCGAUUUGGAGAAGAUGCUUGCUCGAUCCCACUCUCGAUCCCAAUCGAGCUUCUCAGUUCGUAAAGCUCAAAACGACCACUCUACAAAGACCGGUUCGCUCGAUUCGUCAUCCUCGACCUCGAUCAGUCCUCACUCCGACAGAGAAAAAACGCUUGAAGCGAUGAAGAUGGAGAUCAUGACUGCUCGAUCUGUUCGCCUCGACGCCCAGCUUGGAGCUUCUCAGUCCGUAAAGCUCAAAACGACCGCUUGA